AUGAAUCCACCAAUAGCCCCCACUCUUGGGUACCCUGCACCUGGCCCCGCCGCAGCCCCCCGCUGGGACCCCCAGCCCCUCACCUACCAGGAGCUGCAGUCGGAGAGGACGGAGGUUCCCGCAUCCCAGCUGCUGGAGGAGACCGCGCUCGCCCGCCCGGGGAACGAGGACUCGGGCUGCGGAGAGCUGGUGUGGGUGGGGGAGCCCGUCGUCUUCGGCCGGGCAGAGUCCAUCGCCGGCAAGUACGGCGUGUGGAUGAAGGACCCCGAGCCCGUGUCCCCCUUCACGCGGGAAACCACCUGGCGCGUGGACACGGUGGGCACGGAGGUCCGUCAGCUCUUGCAGUACGAGGCGGCUGAGCAGCUGGCCCGGGGCUACCCCGCCAAGGUGCACAUCCUGCCACGGCCCCUGGAGAGCACGGGAGCCGUUGUCUACCGUGGUGGGCUCUUCUUCCAGCCCCGCCGCUCCCGUGUCGUGGCCCGCUAUGACCUGCAGGUAGAGGCCAUCACGGCCCAGAGGGAGAUCCCCGGUGCUGGCUACCAUGGGCAGUACCCCUACUCCUGGGGGGGCUACACUGACAUAGACCUGGCGGUGGAUGAGACAGGGCUCUGGGUGAUCUAUAGCACCGAGAAGGCCAGGGGGGCAAUUGUCCUCUCCAAGCUGGACCCCAAGACUCUGGAGAUCCAGCGGACCUGGGAAACCAACAUCCGCAAACGAGGGGUAGCCAACUCCUUCAUCAUCUGUGGCACCCUCUACACAGUCAGCAGCUACUCAGCACCCAAUGCCACCAUCAACUUUGCCUAUGACACGGCCACCGGCACCAGCCGGGCCCUCAGCAUCCCCUUCGAGAACCGCUUCCGUUACCUCAGCAUGGUGGACUACAACCCUGCUGAGCAGCAGCUCUUCGCCUGGGAUAGCUUCAACAUGGUCACCUACCCCAUCCGCCUCUCCCGGGAGUGA